AUGCUUGCCGCUCAAGAGGAGUGCCGCUUGUUGGCAGCGCAGUUGGAAAAAAGUAGUUCAGCACGAGCCGCGUCCACUUGUGGGCUGCAGGGCACGACUCGCGCGGCACCAGCGACUGCACCCGCGGCGGCCAGGCCCCCACCGAGUCCCCAGAGAGCGUGCAGCGCCACCACGGAGACGGCUAACGUGAAGGGUCUCUCCAUAGGCUCCUCCACCUCCACCUCACCCGAUCGAGCCAAGAGCCCGUCGGCGGCGCCCCCGUCGGCCUCCCCCGCGCGCGUUGUCAUCCCCACUGCCGCCACGCAUAAGGAAGGUACGCUGCUUCACUUGGUGCGGGGUAGUGGCCUGUUCGGCGGCGGCAGUCGCUCCUUCGUGCCUCACUACAUUGUUGUGUCCGGUAGCGCUGGGAUCUCGUGGUACGCGUCCGAAGCGGAGUACCGCCAGGACCGCUCUCGGCCACUCGGGCACGCCAACUUCUGGAUCGAGACGUUCAACAGCCGAGGCAGCCGCUUCAAGAAGGCCGCCGUGUGCUGGCCGCUCAUCUUGCCUGACGAUUGCCCAGAGGCGAAGGACACCAACAAGACAUACUUCGCUGUAGACUAUUACACGCCCAACGAAGCGCGGGAGCAAGUUGUGCUGGCGGCGGCGUCGCCGGCAGAACGCGACGAGUGGGUGCAGCUUCUCACCAAGUACAUUGACCUUUACUUGGCCCCUCGCGCAGAGUCGGAGGAGCUGCAGCACAUCCCGCGCGGCGCGGCAGUCCCGCUGCACCGGUCAGGGGUCAUCGAGGGAGAAGCUCCGGGCGGUAACAUUAUCUGA